GCAGCCGCCGGUCCCGCGUUUGCCCCACUCCCCGCCUCCCACCCCGAGCCAUGGACAUGGAGGUGGACGUUGGCUCUGUGGUCUCGGGGCUGUCGGGCGGGGAUGGAGCGGGCGUGGGCCUGGCCGGUGAGGACCAGGAGACGGAGGGGGCUCCCAGCUGUUCGGGGUCGCGCUCCCUCCCCUUCGAGUUCGAGCGGAGCCGCUCGGGGUCCAGUGGCGAUGAGGACGACGACGAUGAUGAGGAAGAGGAGGAAGAGAUGGAGGAAGAGGAGAUCGAGGGCGACCCGGGGGCUCGGUUUGGGACGGGCGACGGGGAAUUGGAUGCGGAUGACGACCGGGAGCGUAUGAUAAACCUCGCAGAGUUGACCCCGUACAUCCUGUGUUCCAUCUGCAAAGGUUACUUUAUUGAUGCUACAACUAUUACAGAAUGUCUGCACACCUUUUGUAAAAGCUGCAUAGUGAGACACUUCUACUAUAGCAACAGAUGUCCAAAAUGCAAUAUUGUUGUACAUCAGACACAGCCCCUUUAUAAUAUCAGACUGGACCGGCAACUGCAAGACAUAGUCUAUAAAUUAGUUGUCAAUUUGGAGGAAAGAGAGAAAAAACAAAUGCAUGACUUCUAUAAAGAAAGAGGAUUAGAAGUGCCCAAACCAGCUGUCCCACAGCCAGUUCGAGCGAGCAGAGGAAGACCCCGAAAAGUUCUGGGCUCUGUGUUCCGGAUCCCACCAGAACUUGACAUCUCUAUACUUCUGGAGUUCAUUGGAGCUAACGAAGGCACAGGGAAUUUUAAGCCUUUGGAAAAAAAGUUUGUGCGUGUUUCAGGGGAGGCAACAAUUGGUCAUGUGGAGAAAUUCCUCAGAAGAAAAAUGGAUCUGGACCCAGCUUGUCAGGUAGAUAUAAUAUGUGGUGAUCACCUGCUAGAACACUACCAGACACUGAGGGAAAUUCGUCAAGUCAUAGGAGACAGUGCAGUACAGGAUGGUUUGCUCGUACUGCACUACGGAGUGGUAGUAGCUCCAUUCACUGUAACUUAAAGAUUGCUAGAAUAUCAGAAAUCAAAAGAAUCCAAAGUCAUCAGGCUUCUUCACUGCUGUUUCUCACCAAAGAAGGCCAUCAUAUUUCCUGUGACAGGAAGCAAGGAACCACCACUAACUGCAGUAUGCUUGUAAUUUAACAUCUGACUUUACCACUGUAAAAAAAUUACAGCUUCUGUAAGUACAGCUAUGGAUGUUGCUAUGCUUUGUGUUAGAAAUUACUGUCUUCAAAUUUCACUCAGCUCAGGGAAUUUAAAAGCUCAGAGUAGCUGCAUUUUUUACUUUCUAAACCAGCAAGGUUUCACAAGCUGAACAGCCAUUUUUUCCUCUUAAGCUAUGAGAUACUGCUUUCUUUCUAAGUGUCUAACUAGACCAGUGCUCUCAGGGAUGAUCUUCAGUGGGCAGUAUAGUUUAUCUGGGAGAGGAGACAGUCAUUUGACUAAAAAAAAUAAAUGUGCUGUGAUCAUCUGUCUUCAGAAGUGAUUUGGGGAGAGGAAGGAAACUUUGGAAAUGCAGACCAAAAUAGAACAUCAUAAGCAUUGUUUUUGAGAAGUAGCAUAAAAUUCUGUUGUCUUUUGCACUGGAAAUAUUUUUGCUGGUAGUUUGGCUUAUACCAAAUGGUGGAUCAUGCAUCUCUAUAGAGAUGAACUGGCUAUAAGCUGGUUGAACUAUGCAUGAAAAAUAAAAGUAGCAUUUCUUUCUACCUGCUUGCUGUAUGUAAAAUAAUCACUGUCAGCCUGAUUCUGCUGUCAUGUAAAAUGGGCCAACUGACUUGACUGGCAGAAGCAGAAAUCCUGUAGCACAUAUAUUUCUAGCAGCAGUGAAAGUGAGUGAAAACAGCAGCUUUUUUUCACUCUCUCUAAAGUGUACGAGUGUAUUGUAGUGGAGACCAGGGUUGACUAAUGUAAUACUUACCUACCAGAUUCACAGAGGACAUUAGGUAAAUUUUAACAUAUUAAAAUUUUAGGUUUUGUGACAACUGUAGUACUUCAAAUUGUGUUUGGUUUAAGAUUUCCAUAGUGUCUUACGCAGCGUUAAGGACUGGAGCUUUAUGUGUUACGGUCUUGCUGCACAUUGGGUCAUCAGUGUGGGGAGUCAUGAAAGCUAUCAUUCCUUUACAGCAAACUCCCUCCCUUCCCUGGAGUCAGUGAAGGGAGAGGGAGGAGAUUCCUUUGUAAGGUGUCUCAGAGCACCCAAGUUAGCUAAAAUGCACUUGCUCACUGUCAGCCUGGGAGGACUGGCACCCUUUGUCUAAAGAAAGCUUUCAUGAAUCCUUCUUCAGGUCUUUACAGUAUAUGCCAAGUUUUGUCAGUGAG